AUCAUUUCCGUACUAAAAGGGCUAAUGCACUUGUGAUAAGAAAGAUUAAAUUUUCCAAUUUUUAGGAAAAUGUUAGACGCUUUAAAUAUUUUCAAUUUCUGAAACAUGCAUUAUGCCUGUUUUUUAAAACUUAGGUGAUAAUAGUAGAAAUUACGGCCUUAUUUCUUCUUGUAAUUAUCUAAAGAGAUGCUUUUUCAAAAGGACUGGAACUGCUAUAGAAUUAUUUGUAGAAUUAUUUCCGCUUUAUAAUUGUUUAUGGACAUUAUAAUACAAUUGGACAUUUUCAAACCCGACAAAGCCAUAAUGAGCAAUAAAUUUUAAUGGUUUAGACUAUUUAAAAAAACUAAUGUUCCAGGCGUUCUUAAGCUUUGCACGUUUUAUCAAGAGUUAAAGUCUAACCCCCGAUCAUAUUUAUUUUGUAAUAACAUUUUUAGAAGAAUUCACAGGAAUAACACAAUGCAGACAGUUUUUAAACGAAAAAUUCAGGGUGUAAAUAAAACUAAGCAUGAAAUGUAUAAAUAGAUGAAGUUGAAAUCAUGCUAUCAUACGACGAAGCAAAGAAGUGACGAAGAAGUUGAAAGUAAACACAUUCAAGAUGAUGCGUUCAGUAUUGGCACUUGGUAUCUUCACCCUUGCAUUAGUUGCAGGUUACAAGACUGGAGAUAGUGGAGAUGGUAACAUACACAUACUAAAAGUUGUUGAAGAUGUCUGGUUGGAAACACCAAACCGUAAUUACAACUACCACGAGCAUUUGAUAGUAGGACGUCUGCGACAGUUUAAUUUGAAGCGUUCUCUAUUAAAAUUUGAAGACCUUCCAAAAUCAACCUGUCCCGUUAACAAAAUCCGAUGGGCGAAGAUGUACGUGUAUUAUCUUUUUGCUCAUAAAGCAAGCUGGCAUUCAUAUAGAAGUUCUCCUGCGCUCACGCACACCUUAAACGUACAUCGUGUGUUGAAACCAUGGAAAGAGAGCGAAGCAACAACGACCUAUCGUCAACGAAAUGUUCGAUGGUCUUCUGCUUACUUGAAUCUUGGUCGUGAUGCUGAGAAGCAACCACAAUAUCCUCCUACAAUGUUAUACACUUGGCAACCGGCUUCUUUUAUUGAAUUUGACGUCACUCGAGCUGUUGUGGCGUGGAGGGCUGGCCAACCCAAUUACGGUGUGUUGAUGAAGAUGGUGAAUGAAGCUGAGAAUGGAAGAGGCUUAAGGUUUGCAAGUAACAAACACCGAAAUAGAAACUUUCAUGCGAAAAUCCAUGUGAUGUGCAAUUAUUAGGACAAAAUGUUCAUGAUACAAUAUUUUUCGUAUUUUCUUCUUUUAUGUAAUAGAAUUUAAAUACUCGUUGCAUGUUAAAAUAAAAGGGUAAGAGGCAAUCUGUUUCGAAUUAAGAAAAAUGCGAUUCAACUGCUUUAAGAAAAGAAAAUUUGAUGUGGUGAAAAUUUAGCAAAAUUAGAGAAUUUUAGCAAAAUUCCUGAAACUAAAUCUACAUAAAAAAAUCAUUCGCUAAAUUAAUACACGCUUAAUUUUAUUCAAAUUUUAUUAAAGCAUAUUGAAGCACAUGAAUUUUUCCCUGGUGCGUCUUUUUCUUCUCACUACUCUCACUACUCUCAACUACUCUCACUGCGACACUUACUACAUCAGUCAUAUCAGAUUUUCUAAUGGUUUAUAGAGACGAACUUUUAAAUACCGCAUCAUUCAUAAAUAAUGUUUGUCUUUUGAUCUGCAUCAUUAUUUUUAUAACUAUGACGUUAAUGUAUUUGUAUAAGCGUAUAAAUUCUUCAACUAUAACCUGUUUUAAUGGUGAUGUUCAGAGGGAAUAGCACAAUUUUGAACUGAAAAUCUCACUUCGUUACACCCUUAA